GUCACGAUUCUGCAAUAUAAUAGUAUUAAGCCCUUAGCCCUCUUUUUUUUUUUUUUUCUUUUUUGUCGUCCGGCUGCUUAUUGUUGAACGUUGACCCUUACCAAGAAGAGUUUGCAAUAUAAUAACAUUAAACCCAGAAGAUAGAGAAAUCGUACUCCCUUCCCUGCCGCCGCUAAAUUAAUUUCCAUGGAAAACGGUGAGAUUUUGCAUGUGGCAGUUUUCCCAUGGCUAGCCGUUGGCCACCUCGUACCCUUCAUGCGCAUAUCCAAGUACUUAGCCCAAAAGGGUCACAGAGUUUCCUUCAUUUCCACCUCUCGGAACAUUAGCAGGCUUCCCAAAAUACCUCCGAGUCUUUCCUCCCUAAUAAACCUCGUCAGCCUGCCUUUGCCCAAAGUCGAUGGUUUACCCGACCGGGCCGAGUCCUCCGCGGACGUACCCCACAACAAACAGCAGUUGCUGAAAAGGGCUUUCGAUUUACUGGAUUCUCCAUUGGCUACCUUCCUUGAAGCCUCGAGGCCCGAUUGGAUUAUCUACGACUAUACCUCUCACUGGCUUCCCCGACUUGCCGCCAAGUUCGGUGUCUCACGCGCCUACUUCAGCCUCUUCACCGCUGCGUGUCUAUCUUUUAUAGGCCCACCCGAGGUGCUUAUCGACGCCGAUCCUAGAUCGACUGCCGAGGAUUUCUCGGUAGUCCCGAAAUGGAUACCGUUUCCCUCCAACGUGGUGUAUCGGGUACACGAGAUAUCAAAGAACGUGGAUGGCUCUAGCGGGAACGAGUCCGGCACAUCAGAUGGCAUCCGCUUUGGCAUUGCGGCUGCGGAGAGUGAUGUCGUGGCUAUUAGGACUAGUGCCGAACUCGAACCGGAAUGGUUGAAUUUGCUUGCUGAGCUUUACCGGAAACCUUUGCUUCCGAUUGGGUUUUUGCCUCCGGUUAUGGAGGAUGAAGAGGAGGAGAACGAUGCGAGAUGGGUCUAUAUCGAAGAGUGGUUGGACAAACAGAGAGUUAACUCAGUCGUUUACGUUGCACUGGGGACCGAGGCAACUCUGAGUCCGCAAGAACUGAACGAGUUGGCUCUUGGGUUGGAGCAGUCCGGUUUACCAUUCUUUUGGGUGCUGAGGAAGGCGUUGGCUCAAAACGAGUUACCAGCUGGGUUCGAGGAGCGAGUUAGGGACCAAGGAAUUGUUCGCGUCGGGUGGGUCCCGCAGGUGAAGAUAUUGAGCCACGAGUCGGUCGGGGGCUUCUUGACUCACUGUGGUUGGAACUCGGUCGUAGAGGGGCUUGGGUUUGGCCGAGUUCUGAUUCUAUUACCCGUGUUAAAUGACCAAGGACUCAAUGCUAGGUUGUUGCAGGGGAAGAAACUUGGGGUGGAGAUUAACAGAGAUGAGCGAGACGGAUCAUUUACUCGUGAGUCAGUAGCACAGUCAGUGAGGUUGGCAAUGGUGUACGAAGCGGGCGAGUACUUGAGGGACAGGGCAAAGGAAAUGAAGGGUUUGUUUGGGGAUAGGGAUAGGAAUGAUCAUCUUGUGGACGGCUUUAUUCGUUUCCUUGAAGAGAAUAGGUUGUCAAACACAGUGGCAGACAUAUCGACAAGCUGCCGGAAGAUGCAUUGGCAUUUAGACAGACAUCCAUUUGGGAGCAAGGCAAGAAGAGGGGGCAUAAUAUGUUAUGUUAUUUGGCUAUGACCAUCGGGUUGGUUAUAUGUUAUUUUCGGAAC